AUGUCCACUCUCCUCGAGGAUGCUGAACUGUCCACACCCACCACUGGCAGUGACCUCCUCACUCUGGGAGUUUCCCAUGUCUUUGCCGGUGAGGGCCGGGUGUCCCUACUCGACUGCCUGGCCGACUCGGACCCUCCUUCCUCUGUGAACCCGUCCUUUGGGGCGGCAUUGGCGGCUGAUACCAUACUCCUCUUGGUGGACCACAUCGAGUCUCGCGAUAUGCUAGCCUGUUCAUGGGCUCCUCUACUAUCAUCACUCAGUCUUCUGCUCAGUGUGCGCUUACCUAAGUCUAGUAGUCAGAUGAGCGAUGAAACUACUAUGAUGACUGAUGACGACGAAGCGUUCGACAUCUUCCUCCAGAGUGUCCUCAGUGCCCUUGAACGGUUACUUCUACAGUGUUCUAAAUACCCCCAGCUCAGCAGUGGUCGAGACAGCUGCCUCGAGGCUUUGGCGAAGGAGUCCCUCCCUCGUAAAGAUGCACUCAGGCUGGACUGUCACACCGCCACAUGUGCUAAAGGCUUCCUCAACAUCUGCCACAGAAGUGGUGAAAGGCUGUCGGUGCCGGGCUGGACUCUGGCUCUGAAGACCUUCGAGACCCUCUGCCUUCGAUUCAUCAGCCCAGAACAGCAGUCGAGUGCAGCGAACUCUGAUAGUGGUCUCGAGUGCCAAAUGCUCGCCGUGUCAAUGGACUCGCUCUUCUCGACCUCUCCGGAAGCGGACGGGUCCUUCGUAGACAUGGUAGAUGCCCUGGUCCACAGAGACACUUGUUGGUCACUAGAGAGGCUAGCAAUGGCAUUAACAUCAGCAGAGCCGAGGCGACUGGACUUGGUCCUGACUACUAUCGUUACUCCUGCCCUCGAGACGAGUAUUCAUCCAGAGGAAGCCGCGGUCUGCAUCGGCAAGGUCCUCGUCGGGCACAUAUCCCAUCAAGGGUGCUGCGUUAAGGGUCUUAUUGAGCCCCUCAAGGCCUUCACCACCUCUGCCCCUGAGACCGUCGUGUCCAUCCUUAAGGAUCUCAUGGUACACUCUCCUGUUGCCACCAAGCUCGACACGGAAGGUUGGGUGUGCCUCAGUGAACUCGUCCGUGAUCUCUGUGAUGUGCCCACGGUCGUCGCAGCAUCACAAGCUUCAUCGAUCGGUAAGCGAUCGAGCCAGUUGAUGGUGAACCAGUUGCACUUGUCGGUCUACUCCUUACUCGAAGUGCUGGUCAUGGAAUGCAUAGACGUUCUGCCCAACUCUAGCUUGGCCCUGCUCAUUGACGGCCUCCAACGUCUCAGCACCAACAGUGUCAUCAAUACCUCCUUGAAGGCCUUGGGUCUACUCUGGAACGUCUCUGAUGCGUUGAUGAGCCGCAUGUCCGGUGGCAGAGGAGGCGGGGUUUCUGACCACAGUCGUCGUCACUACAGCACUGGGAGCAGUACUGGUGAUGGCAAUCCUGCCAACGCUGAGCCUAUCGCUUUCGAUCCCCAAGAGAGUGGUCGCCUCUGGUUCGAUCUCCUCACCAAGUUCAAGAGUGCAUCAUUGGACCCGAGGCCGGCCGUGAGGCACUGUGCUAUAAGGACCAUGGUCUCGAUGCUCAAUGCUGCUUGCGGAUGUCCGGAGGUCCAUGCCGCCUCUGCGGUUGGAGUCAUGUGCGAUACCCUCGCUGAGGUGGUCACAGCGAGCACUACUGCCACUACCCUCAACGGCUCACAAGAGGACGACCGUUCCAACCGGGGGUCUUCGGAGGGUCUCAUCGUACACCAUUCAAGGGACUCUGUUCAGAAGCAAUGGAGCGAGACCUGCGUCCUGGUCCUGGAGGGCUCCGUCUCUAUUGCUAGCAAGUACCACACUCUGAUGACAAUUGAGGAGUUCGAUACGCCUAGUCUCGCCAUAUUGGACUUCAUUCAGCCCCGCCUGGCUGGUAGGGAGGGGGAGGUCCAUGCGGCAUGUGCUAACGCCUUGGUUGAGCUCCUCCGUCUGGGUGCUACUGAUAAGGACACGAAACUGUGGUCCCGAGGAUGGCAAUUGGUAGCUUACAUAGCGGACACUUUGGUGGAGGAGUCACUAACAUCGGAGGAGCCUAGUGUGCUGCUGCCUCUCAACUUGGCAGAGCUUAUCAAAGAGCCGCAGACCUUGGCAGCCUUUCGCUGUGAUGACGUCAUCGUCCUUGCCUUGUUGGUCAUGGCCACCAUAACUCGCCCUUCUACCUACCUCCAGUCGGCCCUCCCCUUCAAGGACGUAUGGAUUCCCACUAUGCUAUCGGACCCCACCAAGCGAGAGGCAGUGGCUUCAAGUGCAGGGAGGAACGGUGUGAGUGCUGGUCUUUGUGAGGUUGCUUCCCGAGGACGAUGUGCCCAACUUCUCUGGGGUAAGACUGGUUCAUCAGCGUCUUGGGAGGCUCGCUACCGACGCCUGCCUGAAGCCCUCAAGGGUCCUGUUGUCGAGGCUAGGGCCAGAGAUGAGUCUUGCGAUGAGUGUCACCAGCCGAGCUCGACGAAGGCCAUAUUGUUCUCGAGAACUGCCCAACGGUUACCACAUAAAUUUAUGGAGCUCUGGUCGGUCCUGGACCUCGUGGCCACUAGUGACGUCCCUGAGGGCUCGUUGGAGGUACUGGUCCAGCUGCUAUGUAAUGCCUUCUUGGACCCCCAGUACUGCCUGAGGGACUCCCUUACGGCCGCUUUGGCCGUACGGGCCGGUAACACCUGUGAGAUCAUCGCCAGGAAACUGAGCCUCUCGAGCGAAGUUAAGUCGGUGGUCCUCGAGGCUACCACAUCAGCAGCUAUUGAUCUCUUACGACCUAUUAUGCGGGGGCACCGUAUGGACCAUGCACCCACUGAGAGGCCGGGCUCUGGAGGGCCUGUCAUUGUCGAUUGGCGGAAGACUGCAGCUUCUGGUACAACGCCACCGAAGAGGGCCAGACCAUGGUCCUCCUCGGCUGCUGAACCUCAGUGGCACAGCAAUCAUGCUAAGGGUCAUCAUAAUCAUCAUCAAGGUCCUUGGGGAGAUGACUGGCAGGAACAACAGCAGCAGCAGCACUCGGGCUGGCAAGAGGGAGCAGGAGAAGAAUGGCAGGGUGACCGUCAUUGGGAAGGGGGAGGAGGCCGUUGGUGGAACUGGGAGGCGCAACAUGGUGAUGGUCCUUGGCAGCCUGAGGCUUGGAAUGAUGGUCAUAAGAGCUGGGAUGAUGGUCGUGGACCCUGGCAAGAGCCUGGUCGUCAGGAGGGAUCUACAGACCAGGGUGAUGAGCCUGUCCCGAGUGGCGACGACAAGGCACAGCAGGACGUGGAUCAGCAGGGCGAGCCGUCCACAAAGAAGGCUCGCAGUGCGUCUAUGAACUCCGAUGGUCAGCAGCCUGGCAGUACCAUUUUUGUCAACGCCCUUCGCAAGCUCUUCCAGGCUAAGAAUGCUGCUGCUGCCGCCAAGGCUCCUACCAAAACCUCCCCUCAAAGUAGUCCGACGGUCCGGGAGAAGGUCCAAGAGAAGCCCUUGGGUGGUGGUGCUCUGACUGCCCUGCUUGCCAAGCAGGCCGUGGGGCCCAUCGCUAAGGCCGCCGCCACUCCCACCGUCCCUUCUCCAGGUUCUCCCUCGAACGGUCAGAGUGAUACCGAACUGCGUAAGAAUGUCCUCACGAGGCUACUGUCAAGCGAGAAUGCUGGAGAUCUCCUACAGGACCCCAAAGUUGUUGAGAUGCUCCUCCAAGUGGCAUCACAGUUGAAUGAAAGUGGCCUGGCUGAUCUACAGAAGUCGGUGGUGAAGAUCAUCACGAAACUCCAAUCGGCGUCGUCCACUGCUCCUCCUCCUCCUGAUGCUGCUGCUGCUACUUCGUCUUCUACUUUGUCGCCGGAUCAGUUGGCUAAACGCGAUGCUUGUGUUGAGCGUUUGAAGGCAAUUCUUGAAGGGUUGCGGGGACUAUUCCUCAAACGCCAAGAAGAGCGUAUCAGUAAAGCGAGCGCGUCCGCGGCUGCUGCAGUUGUCGCAGCCACGGCCACAAAGCCUGGUGGCCUCACCUCGACUACAUCAAGUCACAGUGCCUUGGCCAGUCUUCUGUCGGGGGUGUCCGCCCAAAAUGAACCAAUAUACGAUCAUAAGGUGUGGACGGGUUAUGUCCAACGAUCGGGGGUCAACAAGGCAAAGGUGAACCUCUUCGCAACUCUGCCAGUCAAUUCGCUGCUCACUACUCUGGUCGCACAACUCGGCAACGAGCUCAACUUGAAACUUCGCGUUCCUGACACUGAGGUAUUGCAUCAGCGGCAAAAUCACGCGGAAAGCUCAGCUCUGUUGCUCAUGAAGGCCGACUCCGCAGCUGAUCAAGCCGAGCUGAACGCUCAAAUCGCCUAUUUCAAUGGGAGAAAUCGAUCAGGCGUAGCCAAGCUCGAACGUGACGGCGAUCACUAUGCCGCCUUCAUGAUCCCACCUGGGCCACUCGCUGAGAAGUUAAUUGGUACUGAUAACUACAAGAGGUGCAAUCCAGACGAUAUGGCAACGGUAUGUAUGAUAACUAAAUCUGAUACCAAUGCCUCCGCAGUCGCCCCUCAUUGA